GCAGUAUUCACACAGUCAGCUCCAAUUUUGAAGGAACGAUUGAAAAGAGAGUGGGUUUCUGAAGCUGAUAACAGGGAUUACGUUAGCUCUUUACAAACCAUCUUCCGAGACAUUAUUUGAUAGAGCUGAAUUGAAUUUUGCAUCCUAUUGAAAACUGAACGAGGAUUUAGUAAAAAUGCGUCUGAUCCAGAACAUGUCAACCAUCGCGGAGUUUGCGACCCCAGAGUGUCCGUCCAACCGGACCAUCAAAAUAGCAGUGAUCGGGGGCAGCGGAGUUGGCAAAACAGCUCUGGUAGUAAGGUUUCUAACAAGGCGCUUCAUCGGCGACUACGAGAGAAACGCAGGAAACCUUUAUUCAAGAGAGGUCCAGGUGGACGGAGGAGAGCAAGUAGCCAUCCAAGUCCAGGACACGCCGGGUGUUGAUCUGACAGGUAAUGGCCUCAGCAUCCCAGAUCAUGUGACCUGCUCCAUCCAAUGGGCCGAUGCCGUGGUGCUGGUCUACUCUGUGACCGACCGCCAUAGCUUUGACCUGAUUGGCCAGUUGCACCAGCUGGUGGCCCGAACAGGUGGGGCCAACAUGCCACCCGUCAUCCUGCUGGCCAAUAAGGCGGACCUGCUGCAUAUGAGGCGGGUGGACGCCGACCAGGGCCCCCUGCUGGCGGCGGCGCUGGGUUGCUCCUUCUAUGAGGUGUCAGCCAGUGAAGACUACAGCCAGGUACAUGGGGCCUUCCACAGGCUGUGCUGCCACAUGGCCAAGCAGCAGCCCACAGCCUUGAUGUCCUCCCACACCACCUCCAGCGGAGCGGCUGAGAAGAAGGGCCGCUCACCCCUUAUCCCCAGGCCCAAGUCCCCCAACAUGCAGGACCUGAAGAGGCGCUUCAAGCAGGCCCUGUCAGCUAAAGUCAGGACUGUCACCUCUGUGUGAGAAGGACUUGGGUUCGUCUACUACACAACGUGGUCCAGUGUGGCUACUGAAAAUAAAUUAAAUGAGGAGAAAAGAGGGCAGAGAAGAUUCCUGUGCCUUGUUUGGGACCUCUCAAUAUGGCUGGAGCAGCCUGACUUGCGAUGAGCAGCAGAGACAAAAUGGAGGCUCAACUUUGACCUCUGACCCAUGUUCACUGACAGACUGAGGUAAUGACCUGUGGGGUGAACAGGUGUCCGCCUGUUUGUCACCAUCACUCCUGUCUUGUCUGAGACUGUUCACUGAGUCUGCAGACGUCUGCUAUGAGAGACGGCAGCUGGGAGGUGUUGGUAUGUCAGCCCACCAGAAGGGACAAAGAGGGAAGCUGUCCUUAAGCUGAAUGAAGCCUUGAAGGACACUGCACAGUGUUUAUUUUUUCUUGUAACAGUUUUGUUUUUGUUCAGGCUGACACUGCUUGGCAAUGUUUAUUGAACACUCCAUUGUCAGACAUGCCAAGGACUUGAGUCAGCGCGCUGUGUUUUCACUGUUAAAUUUCUCAUCUGUCAUUAUCUCCAGUUCCCCAGUGCAUUCCUUGUACAACAGGCAAAACCAUCAUUUUGCACAUCAUGGUAGUGAACUAUGAGUGGAAGGCAGGAUCACUGCGGGGCAGCAUGGAUUAGACACUGGGCUGGGUGGGGUGUUGGGGGUAUUUGUGAUGCACUUUAA